CGUCCACGGCCCUUGCCAUCGCCGCGCAUUCAAAACCCACGGUGCCUGUUAAAGGUCGAGACUGCAUACACGCAGGCAGGGACAUCGGUCUUAGGCACGACUGUGCAAAUCCCCCCUAACCCUUAAACCAUUAAACCCUAACCCCGGACCUUCGCCCGUAACCAUAAUCCACAACCCAUGAAUCCCAAGCAUAAACCCUGCACCCUAAACCCAAAUCGGGUUCUUUCCUCGCAAUUGCAGGGACGGUAGUCACGCCCGUUGGUUCGUGGAUAGCAAGGCUCCUGCCAUCGGAACGUGGCAUUUACAUCACUGGUUGUGAAAGGAGCACCACACCACGAUGAUUGAGCAGGGGGCGGAAUGGCGCAGCGUGGUGGGACUGGAGGUGCACGCUCAAAUUCACUCGCACUCCAAGCUCUUCUCAGGUGCCGGCGUCAAGUUCCACGCCGCGCCCAACUCUCUCGUCUCAUACUUUGAUGCCAGCUUGCCUGGCACCCUGCCUGUCCUCAACAAGCGCUGCGUGGAGGCUGCAGUCCUCACCGCACUCGCGCUUGGCUGCCGCAUCAACAUGCACUCGGAGUUUGACAGAAAGCAUUACUUCUACUCUGACCUCCCAGCCGGCUAUCAGAUCACGCAGCAGCGGCUGCCGAUAGCCGAGGGAGGGGCCCUGCGGUAUCAGCUGUUCCACGGCAACCGGCGGAACGAGGCGGAGGAGCGUGAGGUGCACAUCAAGCAGAUCCAGCUGGAGCAGGACAGCGGGAAGUCGCUGCACGACGAGACCAGGCACCGCUCGCUCAUAGACCUCAACCGUGCCGGGGUGGGCCUCAUGGAGAUCGUGAUGGAGCCCAACAUGAGCUGUGGGCUGGAGGCGGCCACCGCCGUCCGCGAGCUUCAGCUCAUCCUGCAGGCACUGGGCACCUGCCAGGCCAUCAUGGCCGAGGGACAUCUGCGCGUGGAUGCCAACGUGUCCGUUCACCUCCCCGGGGACCCUCUCGGUGUCCGGACAGAAGUGAAGAACAUCAACAGCCUCAAGUUCCUUGCCAGAGCCAUAGAUUACGAAAUAGAGAGACAGAUCCAAAUGUUGGAUGACGGUGGUGAAAUUUUUAAUGAAACGAGAUCAUUUGACAGCAGAACAGGAAAAACUGUUCAAAUGAGAGACAAGGAAGCCAAGCAAGACUAUCGCUUCAUGCCGGAGCCGAACCUGCCGCCCCUCAUCCUACUGGACGACGCGUCCAUGGCGGGGGCGCCCGGCGAUCACUCGGUCCACGAUCACUCGGUGAACGUGGACGCCAUGCGCAGGGCCCUCCCGGAGCUUCCGGCUGCCCGGCGCCAGCGCCUCGUGCGGCGCUACGGGAUCCUGGCGGAGCACGCCUCGACGCUCGUGAACGAUGGGCUGGUGGAGUACUUCGAGGCCGUGGUGGAUGGGAACCGCCGCGAGCCCAAGAAGGUUAUAGGCUGGGUGAUUAACGAGCUCCUCGGCAACCUUAAUGAGAGAGGCAUCUCCGUGGGCCAGAGCCCUGUCGAGCCAGCGGCCUUGGGGGAACUCUUUGACCUCGUGGAGAAGGGGUCCGUUUCGCCGGCUACAGGCAAGCUGGUCUUGGCCGACCUCUGCACCACACGCGGCCAGAGUCCCACGGAGGUGGUACAGACGCGGGGCCUGUGGCAGUUGUCGGAGCAAGCCCCGCUGGAGGCCUGUUGCCAGGCCGUCAUGGACGCGCACCCCAAAGAGGUGGGGCUGGUGAAAGAUGGCAACGUGAAGGUUCUGAACAGGCUGAUUGGACUCGUGCAGAGAGAGCUGAAGGGUCAAGGUGACGCGAAGAUGAUCAGGCAGAUCCUGGAGAAGAUUAUGCGCUGAGGAUGUGAUAAUUCAUCGCGUCAAUAGCAUCCAUAGACACUUGAGUGUAAAAAAAUGGAGGGGACAUAUUUGAUCUUACUUUAUAUUUUCACAGUAAUGUUCUUUCCAUAAUAGAGGUUGUAUUUGUUGUAAAUAGUCACAAUUUCAAAAGUAAUACCAAUAAAAAUGUAUGUUUUUGUUGUUGUUGUACUAGUUGCCUUAUGUUUUCACUAAAGUAUGUGCUGGUACAUCUUUAGAUUGACCUACGUGCUCUUAUAAUUUUUUUGCAGUUGCUUUGGCAGUGUGUUGUCGACUUUGAUUCACCGUUGAUAUUCCUUGUCAAGAGUUCAUGGGUUAUUUGGCUCAGAAUCAAUUUCCCUCCUUCCGUGUUGUUUGAAUGAAAGAGCUCAACAGAGGACACUGUUCUUAAGUGAGGACAUUAGGGCCUGCUAGUCCAUCUGCCCAUAAACAUUAAGGGUCCUAUAGGGGCUGUUUGCAACAGUAUGCCGGUAUUAGCCAAAUCACCCAGCUCUCCGCGAAGAAUUAUCAAACCAAUAGAGACGUAACACACAGCAGCAGUUUCACGAUUAAGAAACGAAAAGCAAUUCUGGCAAGAAAAUGACACUAAUUAAAAGGAUUGGCUGGCAUUGAUGGUCAUGACCAGUCAUGGAAAUGGCACCCAUGGGUGAUGACAGGGUGAGGAUGAGUGACAAUGUUAGGACAACGGUCGAUGUUGAAAUGUAAUUUGGUUGGUUGCACAGGUUUAGAAGCAAUCGUGCCAACUCGGUGAGGCCUUUAACACUUUCUUCAGCUGUGGAGAUGGAAUCGUGUUUUACGAUAUUGCUGAGGUUGAUGAGGGUAGAGACUACUGUCCACUGCAUAUGUGAGGAAAUAAACCAAGUGUCUGGCA